CCCUGCCCAGCGUAGGAAGUGACUGGGUGAGGAAGUGGCGAUAGACGCAGGGGCGCACAGCAGACUAGAAAUGUCUCCAGAUGAGCUGGUCUACCUGGGGAUCCUCGCUGCAUCAAUACCCGUCGGAUUCCUGUUCCGCCACCUGAGUCCUCCGAUCAAGCAGGGCGCAGCAUUGCUCUUGGGUCUCACCAUUACUAUUGCAACCUGCGGCAUCCACACACUACACUCACUGUGCACAGUUUUAGGAACAUGGCUGAUCAUCACGUUCAACUGGAGGAAAGCUCCCUCUCUGUCCCUGGGAUGGACCUUCCUGUACCUGCUCUUCUUCCGGCUGGCCACAUGGUUCAGUCUGCCGCCUCCUGGUCCUUUCGCCAACGCCAUCCAGCUUCUUCUCACACUCAAGCUGGUCAGCUUAGCCAAUGAGGUCCAUAGUUAUCACUCGGAGAAGAAAAAAGAUGUGAGCUCCUUUUCCAAGUCUCCAGUGAUUGGUGGUCUCUCCCAUGUACCCUCCUUCUAUGAUGUUAUAUCCUACAGUUACUGCUACAUUGGAAUCAUGACAGGCCCAUUUUUCCGCUAUCAGACGUAUGCCGACUGGCUCAGGCAGCCGGAUGCUGUGUCUCUGCCGGGCAGAGAUCCAUGUCUUCUCAGGCUGAAGAUGGUGCCCGUCUAUGGAGCACUCUUCCUGUUCGCCAACAACCUGUUCCCCCUCUCAUUCGUCCGCACCGAGGAGUUCCUUGAACAUAGCUACUUCUACAGGUUCUUUUACAUGGUUGUGGUGUUCUUCGUGUUCCGGAUGAGGUUCUAUGCAGCCUGGUGCGGUGCGGAAGCAGGUUGUAUCAGUGCAGGACUGGGCUGCUACCCACAGGGGGCGCUCUCCAAACCUGGAGGGGGACCAACAGUCCAGUACAGCCCUGAUCCUGGUGCUCCAGUGGAGUACGACUUUAAGACCAUCCAGAACAUCGACUGCUACAACACUGACUUUUGUGUGAAGGUCCGGCAUGGUAUGCGCUACUGGAACAUGACGGUGCAGUGGUGGCUACAUCACUACAUCUACCCAAAUGCUCCCUUUAGAGCUUAUGCCCUGAGGGCUGGUUGGACUAUGUUGAUCAGUGCAUACUGGCAUGGUCUUCAUGCAGGCUACUACCUCUCCUUCCUCACUAUUCCUCUGUGCAUCGCAGCUGAAACCUCCAUGGAGGCAUCGGUCAGGGCCCGUUUGGGUCCAAGUGGCCAAAAAGCUUUCGACUGGAUCCACUGGUUCCUCAAAAUGAGGGCCUAUGACUACAUGUGCAUGGGCUUUGUCCUGCUGAAGGCCAGCGACACCCUGAACUACUGGAGCUCCAUCUACUUCAUUAUUCAUGUCAUCGCACUACUCUGCAUAGUGAUUGGCCGAGUGAUGGGAGGAGGGAGACGGGAGAGAAAGAAAGUGAGUGAGGGAGAGAAAGAGACAAAGAGAGACGAUACGGUGAGAGAAAAGGCAGAAUGAUACUGAUAUAAGUGUCCUGUGCAAGUAGUGGGACGAGAGCUAGUACAUGUACACAGGAAAAGAACUACACAUCCCAUCAUGCACUGUUUUUGUGCCACCCGACAACAGCCAUUCAUCUGUUGCUGGAGGUUUUCAAUGGUUAUAUAAGAGAAGAGAUGCAGUAUUAUGUUAACAGAACAUACUGUAUUAAAAGAAGAGAUGUUUUGUAUGACCUGCCACUUUUAUUAUUACAAGAAUUGUGAAAUGGAUUGUGGGGCUUGUGGUCCAUAUUUCUGUCUUUUAUUGAAUUAGUGCUUUACCACACUAAAUAACUGGCCUUUACAAUUGUGGGAACAGCCUAAUUAUAUUUUAUUUGUAUCUGCACAUGUUUCAUGUUUCUCGCUUCUUUUUAUUAUGUAGUUUUGUGUUUUCCAGAGUCAAAAGUAAUGUAUCACAAAGUACAUCCAGUAUACAGAAGACAGGGGGCCUCAUUGAGCCAAGAUUCCUGCUCAGCCAUCAUGUCUGAAUUUUAAGAGAUUAAAUAGUUUCUUUCAACUAACGGAACAUGUCCACACGGACGUUGUUAGGGUUGAGAUGACUUUGCUUUUGUUGCUCUUAACUUUGGAAGAACUUGAACGUUGUCUGACUCUGUAAUACUGCUAUCACUGUUAUUAAGUUUAUUUUUGAGGUAUCAGGAGAAUGUGAAAGGAACUGAGUGGCCACAUUUUUACUGUCUGUCACUGGAAAGGUUUUUGUGAUGCAGGGCUGAAGUAAACGGAGGUGUGCUCUUUAACCCCUUAAAGGACCUCUAACCUGUCAUUGGGUCAAGAAUUAUAUUCUCAUAUAACCAUGCACCUUACACAGUAUUCAUAGUGAUUACUAGUAGCUACUAUAUAAUAACAAAGCAGUUAUUGAGUUUUAAACCCUAAGAUUAAUUGCUGAAUAAUAAGGCUGGAGUUGAGAAUUUCGCUUGAUUUGCUCCUUUUGACUCCUCACACUUCCAUGAUCAGUGUUUAGUAUCUGUUUGGUCCUUCACUCCUCAGCCUCUGCUUCACUUUUAAAUGUUUAUGACACACCUUAAAUCCUAUGUUGACAAAUCCAUCUUGUAACAUUGAAUUUUUUUGCUCUGAUGAUGAGGAUGAUGAUGGUUCUCAUUAUUAUUAUUAUUACUUUUGUGCAGUACUUUUUGUACAGAAUGUUUUUCUUCCAUCACUGCCAUAAUUUAUAUGGGAUUAAUUAGCCAAACAAUCACAAACCACAAGCCACUGAGGCCAUUUACCAUGCAGUUUUUCUUAUUUGUCUGUUGCCUGGAUGUGAUUCUGCACGGCUCGCUGUAAAUACCGUCCCAAAGUCCUGUAAAGUUCAGCUGGUGUAAACCAGCAGACAUGGAAUUAGAGUCUGAUGGUGUAUAUUUCUUUUCACAUGGCCUCAGUAUUUUCUCACUGUGUAGCACAACAGUGAUGGGAUGUUAAUUUCCUUUAUCACCUGUCCAGUAGCUCAACCUGCAGGGUGUUUUUAAUGUUUUGUGGCCCAAUAAACAAUACUGAUCAUC